AUGCUUCACGUCCUUCACAACCUCCUGGUGCGGCAUCGCACACCGUCUCCCAAAACCCUCAGUCUUACCGUGCUUGACCAGCAAGAUAUGCAAAUGAUCGCUGAGCUGUGGGAGCUAAUGCACAUCCUUGCACACCUCCGCACAUUCCAGUUCCUGGUCAACUUCCAUGUCAAGCCUACUCCAUCUUCUCCGCCAUCGUCUCAUUACGUCCUCUCCGAGCCCAUCCGCGUCCUUCGCGAGCCCGUAUCAGCAUCUACCAACCAUUCUGCCCUACUUCAUGCUAUCCAUCGACACGCCCUCACUGAGCUCAUCGUGGAGUGUAUACUUGUUAAUGCCAUCGAACUCGUAGGCUGCGCCUCCGACGGGUCCUCGCUCGACUCCACGGUGGUCUGA